AUGCUGCUCCGACCCCGGCGGCCGCCCCCUCCCGCGCCGCCCUUGCCGUCGCCGUCGCCGGCCAGGAGGGACUCCGAGCCGCGGCCGGCCGGGGAAGCCCCGGGGACCCCGCCCGGGCGUCCCGCCUCGCCCGGCGCGCUGGCGGCGCCCGCGUCCCCGGGUUCGCCUGUGUCCCCCGGCUCGGCGCAGCGCACGCCCUGGAGCGCGCACGAGACGGAGCUGCUGCUGGGCACGCUGCUGCAGCCGGCCGUCUGGCGCGCACUGCUGCUCGACCGCCGCCGGGCACUGCCCAUCUACCGCCGCGUGUCGGCCGCCCUGGCCCGCCAGCAGGUGCGGCGCACGCCCGCGCAGUGCCGCCGCCGCUACAAGUUCCUCAAGGACAAGCUCCGCGACGCGCACGGCCAGCCGCCCGGGCCCUUUGACGCGCAGAUCCGCCAGCUCAUGGGGCUGCUGGGCGACGACGGGCGCAAACGCGGCCGCCGCCGCUCCCCAGGGCACCGGCGCGGACGUCGCCCGGCCCCAGGCGCGCCACCCGCGCCCGCCGAGCCAGACGCCCCGCCACUCCUGGCCGCCCGCGACUCCGACGCGGACCCCGCCUGGACGCUCAGGUUCAACCCGUUCCCGCCCAAGUCUGCGGAAACCCCCCACACCCCCGGCUCACCGACGGUGCUCUCCACCUUAUCCCCCGUGCCCGGCCGCCCCGAGGACCACGCGCCUUUCCGCGCCCCAAGCUCCCCGACGCCGACCCCCGACCCCGCCUGGGAAGACACCGACUCGCCGCCCGGCCGCCCUGACGACCACGCGCCCCCGCAGCCUGCGCCCCCGUCGCUGAACGCCGCUCUCCUGCAGACCUUGGGGCACCUGGGCGACAUCGUGGCCAUCCUGGGCCCGCUGCGCGACCAACUGCUGACCCUGAACCAGCACGUGGAACAGCUGCGCGGUUCCUUCGACCAGACCGUGUCCCUGGCUGUGGGCUUCAUCUUAGGCAGUGCUGCCGCCGAGAGAGGCAUCCUGGCGGACCCACGCGAGUGA